AUAACAAUCUGAGCCUGUCAGUGGCAAAACAAGCACUUUUAUUUUGACGGGGCGUAAUUGCCCCGUCGGAUUGCAGCCCGUUUCGCCGCUGCCAGCUGAGGCGCUCUUGUUGUCCCCGUUAGUCAUUUAGACACCAAAUGAUGGGAAAAUAGUGUCCAGGUUGAAAAUUACCGAAGUUUCCUUUUACAUAAGUAAUGGAAUUUAUGGUUACUACUAUAACUUGACUAAAUUGUUGAAAAAAAAUAGUUAACGUUACUGCAAGUCAUGAAAGUUGUUGACAGAACCGUUACAUCAGUUGGCCGUUGAAACACAAGAGACAAACCGGUAAUUGUAAGGUCUUUGGACAGUUAAACUAAGCUUCACAUCAUAACAAACUAGAAACGUUAGAUAACAAAAAAUAAAUAGCUGGCUACAUUUUAAUCCCAGGCUUGUGCAAUAGCAUAUAUUUAAUUUUAAAUAAUCACAAGACGACGUAGCUACAGUGGAUAGGGCCUGUAGAUUAAGGUUAAUUAUAUAUCACAGGCUGAUAAAGAACUAACGUUAAAGAGUUAACAGACAGAAGGCCACAGUUAAAAGGAAAUCAAACUGCAGCAUGCAUAGCAGUUUCCCAAAGGUCCACAGAAAAUAUAUCGAUAUAAUUUCAAUAGAAAUUAUAUCUAGACAGCGAUGUGUAACUGUGGCAACCUUAUAAAUUAUGUCCCAAUUGUCUCAAAUACUCAUAGAUCUAGACUGAACUUUACGUCUGACAUACAGCAGGUUUGUAAAGAAACCUUCAGCUCUUCCCUCUCCAGAAUCUGGCACCAGUUAUCAGCAUCAUAUCUGAUUACUUUUGGCAGACACAUUAACUUUAGCGUUGCCGCCUCCUAGCGGAUUUAUAGGCUAAAAACUACCUGAAAUUUUGUAUCACCUUUGCAGUGAAAGCUUAAUGCGGUUAAGACUUGAAGCUUUUGUCCAGAAAGUACCUCUGCUGUGUUGUUGUAAUUUUAUCCGUUUGGAUUUAGCCGUUCUGAGUGGGAGAGCAUUUAGUCUAGGCUGCAGGGAAAAAGUCAUCCUGGUAAUGGAUGGUAAAGUCUGGGAGCCUCACCUUCAGCUGUACAUGUAAUCGAAAUAGUGGCCAACACCAGACUGUUACUGGAUAGUAGGAUAUGGGACAAAGUGCUCACAGUGAGAAACUUCAGUGAGGAUGCUCAUGCCCUUUGAUUAGGGGAGCCAGACGAGGAGGAGGAAAGACGAGGAGAAGCGACUAAGGCUGAGAGAAAGUGAGAGAUUGACUGACGGGGGGGGAGAAGAAGAUAAGUCACCUCAUUCUGUCGCCCAUGGGCAAAUGUGGAUGAGAAGUUAAGGUUGAGGAGUCAGUUUGACACAGGAGGAGGAGCAGCAGCCCGAGGGGGAACCACCAGCUCAGCCUUCUUCUAGGAACAACAGGACAGGAUGAGGUACCAAGGCAGGGAGGUGGAUGUUGAAGGAAGAGUGCGUCUGGUGAUGGAGAGUGCCCUGACUGCCCGGGACAGGGUCGGGGUGCAGGACUUUGUCUUGCUGGAAAACUACAACAGUGAGGCAGCCUUCAUAGAGAAUCUGCGGCGACGCUUUAGAGAAAACCUCAUCUAUACAUAUAUUGGCUCAGUGCUGGUGUCAGUGAACCCUUACAAAGACCUGGAGAUUUACUCCAAGCCGCAGAUGGAACGCUACAGAGGGGUCAGCUUCUAUGAAAUAUCGCCUCACAUUUACGCCUUGUCAGACAACACUUACCGGGCCAUGCGGACUGAGAGGAAAGAUCAGUGUAUUCUCAUAUCCGGUGAGAGCGGAGCGGGUAAAACAGAAGCCUCCAAGAAGAUCCUCCUCUACUACGCCAUCACCUGCCCCACCAAUGAUCACAUGGCUGCCCUCGGAGACCGCCUACUCCAAUCCAACCCUGUUCUGGAGGCAUUUGGCAAUGCCAAGACACUAAGGAAUGACAACUCCAGCCGAUUUGGAAAAUACAUGGAUGUCCAGUUUGACUUCAGGGGGGCACCAGUAGGCGGUCACAUCCUGAACUAUUUGCUGGAGAAAUCUCGUGUAGUGCACCAGAACCAUGGCGAGAGGAACUUCCACAUCUUCUAUCAGCUUCUGGAUGGAGGGGAUGACGACCUGCUUAUCAUGCUGGACCUUGAAAGAAACCCUCAGAACUACCAGUAUCUGGUCAAGGGAAACUGCCCCAGAGUCAGCUCCAUCAGUGACAAGAAUAAUUGGAAAGUUGUGAUGAAUGCUCUGUCUGUUAUUGGCUUCACUGAAGAAGAAGUGCAGAAAUUGCUGAAUAUCAUCGGAAGUGUUCUCCAUCUGGGAAACACUCAGUUUGGGGAAGGGGAGGAAGGAGAAACUUAUAUCACCACUGAGACUCAGAUAACAAAUCUUGCAAAGCUGCUGGGUGUCGAUGGCUCAGCCCUCAGGGAGGCUCUCACUCACAAGAAACUCACCGCCAAAGGAGAGGAGAUGAUCAGCCCGCUAAAUUUCGAGCAGGCAGUGUCUGCCCGCGAUGCCUUAGCCAAGGCUGUGUAUGGUCGGACCUUCACUUGGUUGGUGGAGAAGAUCAACCAAUCACUUGCUCUGAAGGAUGAAAUCUACCACAGCAGUAAAGGCUCCUCAGUUAUAGGGCUUCUAGAUAUCUAUGGCUUCGAGGUCCUGCAGAACAAUAGUUUUGAGCAGUUUUGCAUCAACUACUGCAACGAGAAGCUCCAACAGCUGUUCAUCGAGCUCACCCUCAGAUCUGAGCAGGAGGAGUAUGAGACAGAGGGAAUUGCGUGGGAGACGGUGCAGUACUUUGACAACAAGAUCAUUUGUGACCUGAUAGAGGAGAAGCACAGAGGCAUCAUCUCCAUUCUGGAUGAGGAGUGUCUGAGACCUGGAGAGACAUGUGAUGUCUCCUUUUUAGAGAAAUUGGAGGACUCACUGGGCAGCCAUCCCCAUUUCAUCACUCACAAGUUGGCAAAUGGAAAAACUCGCAGGGUAAUGAGUAGAGAGGAGUUUAGGCUGCUGCAUUACGCUGGUGAAGUCAACUACAAUGUCAAUGGUUUCCUAGACAAGAACAAUGAUUUGCUCAACAGAAACCUGAAAGAGGUCAUGUGCCAGUCAGACAACCAGAUACUAAGUCAUUGCUUCCACAGAGAGGAAGUGAUAGACCAGAAACGCCCAGAGAUGGCUGCCACACAGUUUAAAAACAGCCUGAUGAAACUUAUGGAGAUCCUCAUGUCUAAGGAGCCAUCCUAUGUGCGCUGUAUCAAGCCUAAUGAUGCCAAGCAGCCAGGUCGGUUUGAUGAAGUUCUGGUGAGACACCAGGUGAAGUACCUGGGCCUGAUGGAAAACUUGAGGGUCAGGAGAGCUGGCUUUGCCUACAGGCGUCGCUUCGAAGCCUUCCUACAGAGGUAUAAGCCACUGUGUCCUGAGACGUGGCCCAACUGGCACGGCAGACUCGUAGAUGGUGUGUCCACACUGGUCAACCACCUGGGCUACAAAGCAGAAGAGUACAAACUGGGCAGGUCAAAAAUCUUCAUCCGUUUCCCAAAAACUCUCUUCACCACAGAAGAUGCACUUGAAGCAAAAAAGCCAGAUAUAGCUUUGACCUUGCAGACAUCAUGGAGAGGCUACAGGGAGAGAGCCAAAUACCAACGCAUCAGACAUGCAGUGAUAGUGAUCCAGUCUGGGUGGCGAGGGAUGAAAGCACGCAGGAGGGCUAAGAGGCGUCGACAGGCUGCUGAUUUAAUACGCAGGUUCAUAAAAGGCUUCAUCUACCGUCAUGAGGAAUACUGCCCUGAGAAUGAGUAUUUCCUGGAUCACGUACGCCAGUCCUUCCUCAAGAAGCUAUGCAAAAACCUGCCCAAGAGUGUUUUGGACAAAAACUGGCCGACACCUCCUCCCUCCCUCGUUGAGGCCUCCGAGCACCUGCGGAGGCUGCACAUGCGGAACAUGGUAAUGAAGUAUUGCAGGAGGGUGCAGCCUGAGUGGAAGAAGCAGAUGACACAGAAGGUUGUAGCCAGUGAGAUCUUCAAGGAUCAGAAAGACAGCUACCCUCAGAGUGUUGGCAGGUUGUUUUUGGACUCCAGGCUCGAACGUGAGCAAAUCAAUCUCAAAGUGGUCCAGACGCUCGGCAAUGACAAAGUGCAGUACGGCGUUUCAGUCACGAAAUACGACAGGAGGGGUUUCAAGCCUCGCCCUCGUCAGCUGCUCCUCACUAACACCUUUGCCGUACUGGUGGACAGGACCAAGAUCAAGCAGAGAAUUGACUACCCAGCUCUGAGAGGUAUCUCUGUGAGCUCCCUCAGUGAUGGGAUGUUUGUUCUGCACAUGCCCAGUGAGGACAAUAAGCAGAAGGGCGAUGUGGUGCUCCACUGCCACCAUGUGAUUGAGCUGGUGACAAAACUUGCCAUGAUGGCCAGCAAGACCAACUACGUCAACAUCAGCCCGGGCAGUAUCAGAUUUGCUGUGGCUCGCGGCAAGGAAGGAAUCAUUGAUUUCGUCAGGGGCUCAGAGCUGAAGGUGGCCAAAGGCAAAAGAGGACAUCUGCUAGUGACUGCCCCACAGAUCAACACCACUUGAAGAAACAGGGUGCAGGCUUCAUUUGGGAGAACCAGGCAAACGGUAAUCCUUUUAGCUAAAUGGAGGAUUGCCACUCAGAAGUUAUUAUUUGUUAGUUUGCAGCAAACAGGAUGAUACCACAAGCAUACACAACGUCCUCAAGAUCCCUUAUUGAUUCAUAGACAUCAUAAUUAUUACAAAAAUGUCUUCAAUGUUGCAAUAAAUACUGAUAAGCGAUAUUUUUUUUAAGAUUAGAAAAUCAUAACAUGAAGUCAUCACAGCUCUGAAUGCUUCGUCUCUUUAUUUUCAUUCAUAUACAAAUAUAUUUUCACAUUAUCAAAUAUAAAAUGUCAUAUGUAAAACACUGUAUCUCUGUAUUGUAAAAGAAAUAAAACAAACCACUUAAAAUAAA